AUGGUUUUUGGCAUAGCUAACCUUCCCGAGUCCUUCGCCGGCCUGUUAGGUUCCUCCACACAGCCCAGAAGGCCUUCAGUCAAAUGGGAUUUGGGCUCGAAUUUCGACUCUGUUGCCAAGGAGCCCACUGCCUCUGGCAUGGACUUCCGGCGCGAGAGACUAGACAGCCAGCCGGAUCUCGGCGUCCGCGUCCAACCACAGAUCUACUUCCUGCGGCCGCGGCCUGCAGUUCCGCAGUUGUUAUUCAGCAUAUUGAAUUCCAGCGAUGCCAAUGUGAAGAAGCUUUUACCCAAGAGUCAUCUGUCUCGGGUGAUUAUUCGGGACAACCUCAAUGCACAGCGCAUCUACGAGAUGGAGAUGAAAGCUUCGGACAAGACCAAGAGAAAAAUGAGCCAUUUGUACGACCACCUGAAAAAGAAGUUCAUGACAGACCAGCUGAGGAAGAUGCUGCGCUGGAGGCGGGAGUCUCUGAGCACCCAGCAGUACUUGAAUAGGCAGCGGGAAAGACUUUUGAAUCAGAUGUCCUGGUCUUCUGGCUUUGGUUGCCCCUUCUAUGAUGUCCGCCGCGUCUUGAAGAUAGAGUUGUAUUGUAAUUGUAUUACUUGGGGUCAGUUGAUAUCUGCAUUUUGACCAGUUGUAACUUUUUAUUUUACGUUUUGCCUACAUCUCUGUCUGUGUAUCUUAUGUAUACCUGGUGCCUGCCGAGGCCAGAGGCAGCAUUGGAUCCCCAGGCACUGGACUUUCAGAGGGUUGGGAUCGCCGUGUGGGUGCUGGAAUCAAACUCAGCUCCUCUGCAAGUGCUCUUAACAGUCAAGCUAUUUUGGUCCAUAUGAUGAUGAUGAUGAUGAUGAUGAUGAUGAUGAUGAUGGGUUUUUGAGACGGGGUCUAAUGUAUACCUUUCUGACCUUGAGCUCAAUAUGUAGCUGAUGAUGGCCUUGAACUCCUGAUCCUCCUGUCUGUGUCUCCUGGGUGCUGGGACUAUGGGUGUGUGCUAACACACUCAGUCCAUCCUCACACUCUUCCUACACUCCUGAGAGAAAGCAUGCUGUAUCUGUGGCACUUAUUCUGCUUUAUAGAUGACAUCUAAUUACACUCAUUUUUCUGCAAAUACAUCACUUUUAUUUACAGCUGAAUAAAAUUUAUUUUUAUUUAUGUAUUUUUAAAAUCCAUGCAUCUGUUGAUGGACAUCUAGCCUAAUUUCAUUUCCUGACAAUUGUGAAUACUGCAUUAAUAAACAUGUAUGUGUAGAUGCCUA